UACAUCCGUUGGGCGCUCAGAGCUGCUUGGUUGAGCGUUCCAAUUUCUCCCAUUCAUUUCAAUAGAAGUGGGCCGUCUUUGCUAAAUUUCUCUGAUUUCAAUCACUGCGCACUUCUGCAUCUUGCUGAAUCCUCGUCAUUUCCGGGUGUCUCGGUACUGCAGCGAUAAGUAUCGGUAAGAUGUGAACGGGAAGAAACGAUAAAAAUCCGUCUUCAAAGAAACCACGGGCUGCCGACAGCGUCAACGGUACAGCCAUCCUUUGCCACCCGUUACGCGCUAGUUUGUGGUUACCUGGACCAGCAGCGGAUUAUUCCACCGACUGUCAGCCAUUUUUGUGCGAAUGGCAGCGGAGGUUCGGAGGGCCCUUGGCCGGUGGUGUUAUCCGACUCUCGGCCUGGCCCGCGUAGGCCUUCCCGGGACCAUACUGCGGUCUCUUCUCUUUCUCUCAGCCCUCAGCGGACUGGUGCGUCUGCCCGCGGCCACGGAAGCGAAAGAGUGCGAUAAACAGUGCCUGUACGGCCAGUGCAACACAGUCAGCGGCGUGUGUGAAUGUGAGCCGGGAUGGGUAGGGGACCAGUGCCAGCACUGCGGCGGCCGCUUCAGGCUAACGGGGCCUUCAGGCUACUUCUCAGAUGGGCCAGGAAACUACAAAUACAAGACCAAGUGCACCUGGCUCAUUGAAGGACAGCCGAACUCUAUCCUGCGGCUUCGCUUUGAACAUUUUGCCACUGAGUGCAGCUGGGAUCAUCUGUAUGUGUACGAUGGAGACUCCAUCUACUCUCCUUUACUCGCUGCCUUCAGUGGUUUGAUUGUUCCUGAGAGCUACAGCAACGAGACCAUCCCAGAGGUGGUGGCACAGUCUGGCUUUGCCCUGCUGCACUUUUUCAGUGAUGCUGCAUAUAAUCUCACAGGCUUCAACAUCUCCUACAGGUUGAACACGUGCCCCAGUAACUGCUCUGACCGUGGGGAGUGUCGCAUGGGGAAUUCCAGUGACAUGGUGCAGUGCGUGUGUGAAGACGGCUGGAAGGGGGAGGCUUGUGACGUUGCGUACUGCUCCUCUGACUGCGGCUUCCCUCUGCGUGGAAAGUGCCAGAGUAGUGCCAAACGCUGCCAGUGCAACCCUGGAUGGCAAGGCCUGGACUGUUCAAUAACUGUACCAGCAAAUGUCUCGUUUUGGACACGUGAGGACUACAGCGGGCAUGGCCUGGCACGGGCAUCCCACAAGGCUGUGGUGCAUAAAGAUGUGAUGUGGGUGAUAGGUGGACAUGUGUUCAACUACACACACUACCAGAUGGUGACCGCGUUCAACAUCUCCUCUCAAAACUGGAUGUCAUUAAACUGGUCCAUCAACUCUGUAACUGGACGCUACGGUCAUUCUCUCAACCUGUAUGAGGAUAAAAUCUAUAUGUACGGAGGAAAGAUUGACUCCACUGGAAAUGUAACAUCAGAACUGUGGGUGUUCCACACAAAGAACCAGUCGUGGGUUCUGCUAAAUCCGCGUGCUAAAGAACAGUAUGCUGUCGUAGGCCAUUCUGCACAUACUGUCCAGCUGCAGCCCGACGGAUCAGAACCAGUCAUACUAGUUGUCUUCGGACACUGCCCUCUGUACGGAUACAUCAGCCAAGUGCAGCAGUACAACAUUGUUGAGAACACGUGGAGUGUUUUAGAGACUCGUGGGGCAUUGGUUCAGGGUGGUUAUGGUCACAGCAGUGUAUUUGACCCUCUUACUCGCUCUAUCUACAUCCACGGAGGCUACAAGGCUUUCAGCGCCAAUAAAUACGGCCUGGCAGGGGACCUGUACCGCUACGAUGUGGACAAGAGAAUGUGGUCGAUUCUGAGGGACAGUGGUUUUUUCCGUUAUCUCCACACAUCAGUGAUGGUUGGCGGGAACAUGCUGGUGUUUGGGGGUAACACACACAACGAUACCUCGAUGAGCCAUGGAGCAAAGUGCUUCUCCUCUGACUUCAUAGCAUACAACCUGGCUUGUGAUGAGUGGACUGUGCUGCCCAAUCCAGAUCUUCACCAUGAUGUCAACCGCUUUGGCCACUCAGCUGUUUAUCACAAUGGGGUGAUGUACGUGUAUGGAGGCUUUAACAGCCUGAUGCUCAGUGAUGUGCUUCAGUUCACCCCUGCGAGCUGUGCUGCAUUCUCUGAGCAGCUGGAGUGUGUGACAGCUGUGCCUGGUGUCAAGUGUGUGUGGAACUCCACUACCUCCACCUGUGUGUCCUGGGAGGCAGCAGCUCCCUAUGACGUAGAGAGCUUGAGAAGCAACUGCAAUCCCAGAGUGUAUACUGAUGGUGAAAAGUGUGAGCAAUAUUCAGACUGUUACAGUUGUACUGCCAACACUAACAGCUGCCAGUGGUGCAGUGCGGGCUGUGUGUUUGUCCAUGUUAACUGCACCGGUCCCCGGGGGUCAAUACUGGAUUAUGAGGCAUGUCCAAAGGAUAACCCCUCUGCUGUGUGCAAUAAGAAGACCAGCUGUAAAAGUUGUGCCACAGACCAGAACUGCCAGUGGGAGGCAAGAAAUCAAGAGUGCAUCGCCCUUCCUGGGAAUAUCUGCGGGGAGGGUUGGCAUCUGGUGGGGAACUCGUGUCUAAAGCUGAUCACAGUCAAUGACUCGUAUGACAAUGCUAAACUGGUAUGUCGCAAUCACCAAGCUGUGCUAGCUUCCCUCACCACUCAGAAGAAAGUCCAGUUUGUCCUCAAAGAGCUUCAAAGCAGAUCAUUGCAAUCGAAAGCAGUGGUGACUCCAUGGGUGGGUCUGAGGAAGAUCAAUGUCUCGUACUGGUGCUGGGAGGACAUGUCUCCCUUUACUAAUUCCACACUACAGUGGUUGCCGGGUGAGCCCAGCGACGCCGGCUUCUGUGGGUACCUUGCUGAACCCUCCUCCAACGGCCUGAAGGCAGCGACUUGCGUCAACUCUGUCAAUGGAAGUUUAUGUGAACGACCAACUAACCACAGUGUAAAGCAGUGUAGGACACCCUGUGCUCUGCGCUCUACUUGUAGUGAGUGCACCAGCGGGAGUUCAGAGUGCAUGUGGUGCAGUAACAUGAGGCAGUGUGUGGACUCGAAUGCCUAUGUGGCAUCCUUCCCUUACGGCCAGUGUAUGGAGUGGUACACCAUGAACAGCUGCCCACCAGAGAAUUGUUCUGGCUAUAAGACAUGCUCUCAGUGUUUGGACCAGCCUGGCUGUGGAUGGUGCACUGAUCCCAGUAAUACAGGACGGGGCCAGUGUAUAGAGGGCUCUUACCGGGGACCUAUCCAGACACUGUUCCAUGCCCCGUCCUCAUCAGGCCCCUCCCUCAUUCCUGCCCCUCAGCCAAUGCUGAAUGUGAGCUUGUGUCCACUGGAGGGCAAUUACAAAUGGUCCUUCAUCCAAUGCCCUGCGUGCCAGUGUAAUGGACACAGCGCAUGCGUCAAUGAGAGCGUGUGUGAGAGAUGUGAAGACCUCACCACGAGCAAACAGUGCGAGAGCUGCAUCUCUGGUUACUAUGGCGAUCCCACAAACGGGGGCAGUUGUCAACCUUGUAAGUGCAAUGGACAUGCCAGCUUGUGUAAUUCGAACAGCGGCAAGUGCUUCUGUACCACCAAGGGCAUCAAGGGAGACCGCUGCCAUCAGUGUGAGGUAGAGAAUCGUUACCAGGGCAACCCUCUGAAGGGAACAUGUUAUUACACUCUGCUAAUAGAUUACCAGUUUACCUUCAGUUUGUCUCAGGAGGAUGACCGCUACUACACUGCCAUCAACUUUGUGGCAAAUCCUGAUGAGCAAAAUCGAGACCUAGACAUGUUCAUCAAUGCCUCUAAAAAUUUUAAUCUUAACAUCACAUGGGCAACCAACUUUGCAGCUGGGACUGCUGGAGAGGAAGUCCCUAUCGUCUCCCGGAGCAACAUAAAGGAGUUCAAGGAUAGUUUCUCCAAUGAGAAGUUUGAUUUCCGUGGAAACCCCAACAUUACCUUCUAUGUCUAUGUCAGCAACUUCACCUGGCCAGUCAAAAUUCAGAUUGCUUUCUCUCAACACAGUAACUUCAUGGAUCUGGUUCAGUUCUUUGUCACAUUCUUCAGUUGUUUCCUGUCCUUGCUUCUGGUGGCAGCAGUUGUAUGGAAGAUCAAACAGAGCUGCUGGGCGUCACGGCGAAGAGAGCAACUCCUGCGAGAAAUGCAGCAGAUGGCCAGCCGACCAUUCGCCACAAUCAACGUCGCCUUGGAGACAGAUGAGGAGCCGCCAGACCUGAUUGGUGGAAACAUGAAGUCUGUGCCUAAGCCCAUAGCUUUGGAGCCCUGUUUUGGGAAUAAGGCAGCAGUGCUCUCCAUCUUUGUUAGAUUACCCCGAGGCCCGGGGGGCAUCCCUCCUCCAGGACAGUCAGGUUUGGCAGUGGCGAGUGCAUUAGUGGACGUCUCUCAACAGAUGUGUCUGGUAUAUAAGGAGAAGUCGGGCGGAUUGCGUAGCCGCAAGCAGCAGCCAAUAGCACAGCCCGCCACCUGCAUCUGACAUUUAGCCCUCGUCUUCUGACCCUGGACCCCUGCCAGGACUGAGUCAAAGCAACACACACUCACGGCUGGGUCACAUUCACAGAAGAAGGAGGGGGGUGUGGUUUAUUCCAAGCUGACUCUGAUUGGAGAAACUGAAUGUCUCCUGGCCAAUAAAAUAAACUCAAGCUGGCAGAACGCUACAAAAGGAAAUGGACUCCUUUGUGACCCUGACUGAUAUUGGACUUAUCCUGGACAACUUUAUGAUAUUUAACUUAUUCCAGUUUGUUUUAUUCCAUUUUUACAAUCAGGAGCAUUCCUUGAACUGCUGCAUAUGUGUAUUGAAGGCAACACACAAACUUGCCUUCUAGAGACAGUCUAUGGCUGCAUGGCUAUAACUUACACACACACACACACACACACACACACAUACAGGGAUGUUUUAGAGGCAUGUAUAGUGCAUCUUUGUCUCUUUAAUUUUUGCUCCUUUAGUUCAAUCACUACAAAUUGGUUUUAUUUCGUAAUCAUUAAUCAUGUAUAUUCUUUUAUGUCUAUUGCACUAGCUUUCUGGAAUAAGAUAAUGUAAGACUGAUCUUUGAAUGUUUACAGGUCAUCUGUGCCAUCUCGACAGAGCUUUGCAUGUUUGUCUGAGUAAGAGGAUCAAUAUUUUUGCCUUUUCACAUCCAAUCAAUGCUGAAUUACCUUCAUUCAUACCAAUCCGAGACAUUAGAAAGAGAGUGUGGGCAUACUGUAAGUGUUAACGCUCGCCACAAUGAUAGCUCCGCCGCUUCUGCUUUUACCAUUCACCAUCAACUUUUUCUUAUCUGAAAUCUCAGGCCAUUUCUCAGAUACCUUUCAGGAAAGAGGAGAAAUAAAAAGACGGCAGGCAGCAGGGUGCAAUCAGAGUAAGCGAGGAUCAUGUUUGGGUUUUUUUAAAUGUCAGAUGUCAUUUUUGGCCACAGAAUAUUAUUUGCAUACACACAAGGACAACCUGGCUGUGUGUUUGGAUACCUCGGGUAUUAUCCAGGAGGUGGAGUGGAUUGCCUAGUGCAAAGGAAAGGUCAAAGAUGGAAUGAGCAAAUGUGACAUUAUGAAAUCUAAACUGAUGUAAGUGCAUGUAGCAGCACAGCCAUUACAUUUUUCAUUCCCCUGUGCCUAUAACGGUCUGUGUGCAUUAGCAGGUGGGCGGAUGAAUAUAUCGAAAUAGCACAGAUGAUCUGGUUGCCUGUUCAUGGUGCGUUUUGAGUGUGCCAUGAAUAAAGCAUCACAGGUCGCUGCAACAUUACAAAGUGUUCACUGCACAACAGCUAAUACAUCACAAAUAGGAUAUUAAUCUGUCUGUGAUCUCUAUGGAAAAUUCAUGCCUUGUGUGACCGAUAAGGUGUGAAUGUACAGUUUAUCACUGAUUGAAUGGUUCACAGAGAGACCAUGUCUGAUUUUUACAGAUGUUUUUUUAAAGAGAGAGCUCACCCAAAACUGAAAAUUAUGUCAUUUACACAGGCAGAAUAUUAAUCACCAUUCUCUUUAAUUGCAUCUUUUUUCCUACAUUCUGCCUAACAUCGUUUUGUGUUCCACGGAGGAAGGAAAGUCUGGGUGGGUAAAUGACAGAGUUUUCAUUUUUGGAUGGGUUAUUACUUAAAGAAUUGUUAUAUGUAAUAAAAAGGGUCCUAAAGGGAAAUCACACACGCAUACACACACACAUGGUCUAAUGAAAGGAGCUGGUCUCACUUACUUUGUAUGGAAGUAACAUUCUCACAAUGCUUUUCUCUGUUAGCCUCAAACAGGACUCCUCCAAGCUCACACAUGCCUACUGUACCAUCAAUAUACAGUGAUACUAUAGAUAUGAAGUCUGUAGUUUAAUAUGUUUAAUGUAGCAGCGAGUGCACUCACGUUUUUUUGUACAUAGUGAUGAUGAACAAUAAUGUGAAUGCUGACUCUGUUAAGCGACUUACUGCACUUGAUGGGUGGAGUAUGCAGGGCUUUUGAAAUGUGACUGCAUUGCAGCUUCUUUUGUAUGUAAGAUGGUGAAUGUCAGGAACAAAUUUUAACUAGCUGCCUAAUUUAAAGAAAAAAAAAAACACCUGAAAAUUUAAACUGACCCUGUAAUUAUACAUGUACAUAAAGAAUGACAUAGAGCAUUUUGUCUAUAAUUAAAUGGUAAAAUGAACAUGACAAUCUAUAUACUGUAACAGUUAUUUUGUGAAAAGUGAAAUGGUGCAAAAUUACAGCAUUCUUUAAGUGUU